AUAUAUGCCGGGUCUGCCGCUCUGAAGCAACGGCUGACAGGCCUCUCUUCCAUCCAUGCAUUUGCACAGGAUCAAUAAAGUUUAUUCACCAAGACUGUUUAGUACAAUGGCUUCGGUACUCUCGAAAAGAGUAUUGCGAGCUAUGCAAACACAGAUUCAGCUUUACUCCAAUUUAUUCCCCCGACAUGCCCAAUCGAUUGCCAAUAGCAGAUAUUUUAUCUGGCUUAGCCAGAAGUAUGGGAACAGCAAUAAGAUACUGGCUCCACUACACCCUUGUAGCAGUCGCAUGGCUUGGAGUUGUACCUCUGACAGCUUGCAGAAUUUACCGGUGCCUCUUCACAGUGUCAGUUGCUUCACUGUUUGAACAAGUCACUGACUUACUUUCUACGGAUAAUUUGUUAUCAGACAUUUUUCAUGGAUGUCUGGUCGUCACAUGUACACUCUCCGCCUUCAUCAGCCUUGUGUGGCUAAGAGAACAAAUUUUACAUGGCGGUGGACCUGACUGGUUAGAUAUUAGGGAUCAUGGAGACGCUGGUGGCGCUGCACUGGGUGGAGAAGACCUCAUUGCUGCUGCUGCUGUUCCUCCCAAUGCUGGUGUGGCCAACGGUCAUGGGUUGGGUGCUGUGGACCCAGGCAUGCAGGCUGGCAUGAUGCAACCCAACAUUGACAUCGCUGCUCAGAACUUGAACGCGGCUGACCCCAAUGACCCCGAUGACCUCGCCAACCCUGAUCUUGCUAAUCCCAUCAAUCCUGAUGGUGGGGAAGACAUCAACUGGAACCCCAUAGAGUGGGAUAGAGCCGCUGAGGAGCUCACGUGGGAGCGUCUGUUGGGCUUGGAUGGGUCGCUGGUGUUCCUUGAACAUGUCUUCUGGGUGGUGUCCUUGAACACCAUGUUCAUCCUGGUCUUUGCAUUCUGCCCGUACCACAUUGGGCACUUCAGCCUGGUGGGGGUGGGCGUGAAGGCGUGGGUGGCGUCCUCGCACUUUGAAGGCAUUCUGACAGCGCUCUGCGGCUACUGUGUGCUGGGCGUAGCGCUCAUGCUCAUGCACGCUCUCGUCGCCCUCACUAAACUCACCAAGCUGCGGCGUGCGCUGGGUCUAUGCUACGUGGUGGUGAAGGUGGCGCUGCUGUCCGUUGUAGAGAUCGGGGUGUUCCCCCUCAUUGGCGGGUGGUGGCUUGACAUCUGCUCCCUGUCUCUCUUCGACUCCACUCUCAAGGACCGUGAAGCAAGUCUCCGCAAAGCCCCAGGUUCGAUGAUGUUCUUCCACUGGCUGGGAGGGAUGGUCUAUGUCUUCUACUUUGCCUCGUUCAUCCUACUGCUGCGUGAGGUGCUCAGGCCUGGUGUGCUCUGGUUCCUCAGGAACUUGAACGACCCUGACUUCAACCCUGUCCAGGAGAUGAUCCACCUCCCAAUUUUCCGACACUCGCGUCGCUUCCUGGCGUCGACGGUGAUAUUCGGCUGCACGGUCCUGCUCAUGCUGUGGCUACCUAUCCGCAUCGUGCACCUGGUGUGGCCGUCCUUCCUGCCUUACUACUUCCCUAGAUCUAGUGACACGGUGGGCAGCGAACUGUUCCAAGAGCUGCUGCACUUCCAAGUGAUCCUGCCUGCGCUGCUGGAACAGAGUCACACAAGGGCGUGGCUGAAGCUCGUCGUGCGGCAGUGGUGUGUGGUCGUGUCCAAGCUUCUUGGCAUCAGGAGCUACUUGCUGGGUGAUGUGCCCUUAGACCCGCAGGCGGGCAUCCUGAUCGGCGACGAGGCUGCACCCGACAUGGCCAGGCUGGACGAAGCUGAGGGUCUCCCUGUGGACCCUCUGGUGGAUGCGCCACACGCCGCGCCAGAACAUCGUCGUGACGAUCAGCCGGACGAUCUCUUCCAAGACAACGACGGCAACAACAACAUCAAUAACAACAACAAUAACAACGAUCUCAUGGCUGAAAAUUUGCUGGUGCCUCAGGUUGUUGCUGACGACUUGGCAGCUCCUGGUGGCAAUCAUAACGAUGCGCCUCGGCAUGUGCCUGAUGUUGCUGCUGCUCCUGAGCCUGCUGCUCCCCCACCUCCUGCAGCAGAUUUGUUCGGCGCUGUUGGAGAUGAAGGCCCGCUGGGAGGAGGCCUCGGGGCCGCCCACCAGGCGCUCUUACAGCGGGAGGGACCCAUCGGCUUCCGAGCAUACGUCCAGCCGCCGUGGUUCGGCGUGCGCAUCGUGCUGCUGGUGCUGCUGAUGUGCGCGAGCUUGACGGUCUCAGCGAUGGUGUGCCUCACGCUGCCUGUCUCCCUCGGCAGGCAGACCAUGGCUCUCGUGCUCGGCAAAGAGUCUAAGUUCCACGAGUUGUACACGGGGUCGUGCGGCCUGUACAUGUGCCUGCUGUUCGUGCGCGCCGUCACGCUGGUCGUGUCCUGGUGUCAGCUUGGCUGGACGCAGGUCAUCAAUAAACUCAAGGGAUGGACCGUCAUGGGGGUGAAGGCAAUUGUAGGCAUCAUCGUGGUGGCGGUGGUGAUCCCCCUGCUGGUGGGUGUGCUGGUAGAGCUGGUGCUGCUGCUUCCCCUUCGUGUUCCUCUCCACCAAACGCCUGUGCUUUUCCUCUGGCAGAACUGGGCCCUGGGUGUGCCGAACACAAAGAUCAUCUGCGCGUUGGUGAUGAUGGGCCCCAACUGGUGGCUGAAGACGCACCUCGAGCAGAUAUACCUGCGUGGCCUCCGUAACGUCGACCUCAAACUUGUGGUGGUGGAGACAGCCUUCCCUGUUAUUGUGGGCCUCCUGGUGGCGCUCACGCUGCCCUUUGUUAUCGCCGAGAGCAUCGCGCCGCUGCUGGUUGAGCAUGAAGCUUUGGUUCUGAUAAAACGGCGUAUCUACCCUGCAAUGCUGUUCGUAUCAGUGACGAUGUUGCUGGUGCGUAUCCAACUCACACAGUUCUCACGCCUCUACGAACAUAUCAAGAAUGACAAGUACCUAGUGGGUCGUCGCUUGGUCAACUAUAACCACAUACGCAACUAUAACUUCAACCAGAGCAACAAUGAUGGUAGUGGUGGUGGUGGUGGUGGUGGAGAAGCACCCAACAACCCCCCUGCUGGUGAUGACAUCGCCGAUGAUGCUGGUGCAGUUGCCGCUGGCGGGAUUAACAGUGCUGAUGAUGUUGGAGGCGAUAAUGAUUUGGAUGUCCUCAGUGGCGGUUCAGAGCAUUCAAAUGCCAGUGUGGACGACGACGAAGACAUCAGAGAAAUGGACGAGCGGCAGCUGCUCCUUAAUUUAGGCCUCAUGGACGCCCCUGAAAACGUAGUGCGGUGAGCCUUGAUCACCAUUCUAGUUGUUCAUAUGUGAAAGUUUGUUCUGAAAUUAGCUAGGUGGUCCAUAUUAAUUAGGUUCUUCCCGGUUUUCUGAAACGCUAGCAAACCCAUACUUCUAGUUUUACUAAUACUACUAGACUAUUAUUUUUGCUGCCCAUAAACUGUGAAAUAAUCAGUUUCAACACUCAAUUAUUGACCUGCACAUAAAUUCUUUAAAACUGUAUAUAUUGGUUGCAUGAACCGUUUCCGUGAUGGCCAGAAUACCUACUUGGUAUACAUAGUAGUUGAGACGUGUAUCGUUACUUGCCAAGCUAUCAAGUAAGCAUGAUUGUAAUAUUGGGAGUUAUUGUACUGUUGAUUUGAAAUGGAACAUACCCAACCAGUCACUUUAUUCUUAGGCCGAUGAAGAAAGACUAUCUUGUUAAGAACUAUUUUACUUUAAUGUGCUCAAACUUAUCAGAUGUCAAACGCAUUAUAUUUCCUUUCAUACGUGACUCCAGUUCAGUGAACUAUAGAAAAUCUGUAGAGUUUCCAGUCGUCGAUUUUCAAAGUCUCGCUUUUGUUCUAACAUUAAAUUGGGACAUACCGACAAUUUUUUGCUGUUGCUAUUGAAUUUCUUUUUUGUUGCUCUAAGAAAAGACUCGUCAACCAAUCUGCAAGUCGCCCUUUAAUGUUUGCGACAAACACUUAACUUAAACCAUUCUCGAUGUCACUAAAUUGCAAAUUAUCAUCGUCUCUUCUGUGAUCAUAACCUUAAAUGUUAUAGGAUUUACUAAUGCAAGAGACUCUUCCUUUUUUCGCACCAGCUAUUAAUACCAUUAAUCCAAUUACAAUAAAUUUUAAAAAAUGAAUACAAUAUGAUGUUUUCUUGUGUUCUAUUGGUUGUAUUAUUGCAGCUUGAUUGAUGUUUGCCUUGAAUGUUGGUUAAAUUUGAAUAAGAAGUUUUGUCAUUUGAUCUGCAUUAGAUCCUAGCUAUGUUUGUUGACGUGCUUGGACAUAGGCGAUGUCGUAGCUUUUUGGCAACGCCGAGUCUGGCUGUAAAGUUCAUCAAGCUUAUAGACGGUUUAGCUUUGACAUCAAAAACCACCUCAGCGUGUUGUUGCUCUUGCAGGCUACAGCUCUUGAAUUAGUGAAGGAAAAAAAUUAUAUUCAUUCGCUGGGUUUCAAUAUACGAAUAGUAGCUCGUUAUAGGGAUGCGCCCCUACAGAAAUUCAUUUUCUUUCGUGCCUCUGCUAUUAAAUCUUGUCAAUAAUUCCAUGUAUUACUAUUAUAUUGAGCUAACUUUACUCCGUUUCUGCUGCUCACCAUUGUUUUACUUUUCAUGUAAGAUUUUGAGGAAUUGUUCAUUCAUGUAGAUUUACCUUUGUUGUGUUACUGCUCAGGUUUGCUUUCCGCAGAGAGUGAGGAUCAAUAUUUCUCUGUAAAUGCAUUCUGAUCGAUGAAUCUCUCCGCUGCGGAAUAUGAAAUUUAUUCGUUAUUAAUCAACAUCGGCAUAUCCUGCCAUUCUAUUUGCUGGCUGGAAAUGAUGUUCUGCGGUGUACUACUCUAGUACGUAUACAUAGAAGACUUGUGUAUAAGUCCGUUGUAGCUGAUCAUAUGAGGGGCCAGAAGACUGCUCGCUCUGAAUUCUUAAACUUAUUUGUGUGCGCUGCUUGCCCAGUCUUCAUUGGAGAGCAGGAGCCUUUGGGAGUCAACUUUACUGAUCCGUAAUUACUUCAUUACUGUUGAAUAAUUGCGGUACUCAGUUGAAAAUGAUGACUCGUGAGUACGGUGAGUUUGUGGAGAAGUGGGGAUUUUUUUUCAAUUAUCGAAUAAGCCUCUAGGCUUAUUCAUUUCGCCAUUUUACUGCUGGGUAGCCAAAAUAAGCUUACUCUUUAGUAAACGCAUUUUUUCAAGCCUGUCUCGCCAACUCAUAGAUUAUGAUGAAUAUAAUCUAAAGGUUCGAAUUGUGUUCUUGAAAUGGUCUAAGCAUUAAACACUCGUGAGAAAUACAUACAAAAUUUAUUUUUUUUACAUUUUCUUAGUCGACUCAAGAAAACGAGUCAGAAAAUGUCCCCUCUCUACUCGUUACGAAGAUGAAUUGGGAAGAAAACUUUUUGGUCAUCCCAUUACCCACAUUUGACUAAACUUGUGCUGGACAUGAGAGUAAGUUGAAUCGUCUUUGUUUUCAUAAUUAACGGCUGUUAUUUUAUUACUUGUAAGUGAAAAACCUAAACGAUUCCUAUACAUUCAUGUGUGUCCUUCAAUUUGAUUACCUGUAUAUCUCGAAUAAUCUUUCCACCCGUGUGCAUUAGGCGACUCUGUUGUCUUAUUUUACUGCAUUCUGUUGCCUUUUUGAUGUGUAUUAUUUAAAGCAGCACAUAUAAUGAUGAAAUUAUUUCACGUGCGUAAUGCUGUUCCUAAAAUUUGAUGGUCGUUAUUUUCAAGACGUGUUAAUUUUGGUUAUAGUUUCCCUAAAGGGCAAUUUUUACUUGUUUGUCGUGUACGUUGAAGGCGUUCAAAUACUGGUAAUGGUAUUGCAUUACAGCAAUUGCCACUGUUAGUAGUUAUCAUGUCCGCAAAUAUCUCGGCCGUGAUAUCCUUUUAAAAAUUAAGUAGCAGGGGAAUCAGGCACGGACUCCCAAGUGCGAGACGGUACAUUUCUAGGAGCCAUAAAUCACCUUUCCAAAUCAAACCGUCUCAUUUAUGCCUUUCAACAAAUUGUAUCGACAGGAAUCAUGAGAUAAUUUGACUAAUUUGCAGCAUGCGCACACUUUAGUUCAGCUUAAAGUAUACCAUAUGAAUCGUUAUUAAUUUUUGUUAUCGAUUUUUUCGCCGUCUAUCUCAUUUUUCAUAGCUGCUAGAUUAGAAGAAGGAAGAGCAGAAGCUUGCUAUCAGCCUGUUGGGCAACCACGUUCUUUACACCAGGUUUCCGCGAAUACUUUUACCCGCUUGUUGAGAACCAAGGUGUUCACAAUGAGGUCUGGACCUUAAUUGGCCAUCACGGCCUUCCUCACGCGUGCAGCGAGUGUUGUUGAGAUUGGUAGUGUCUGUACCUGCUUUCACUAGCCGGCUAUACAUAGCUCAUUAUAAUAUUCCUUAGCGGCCUCUAAGCUUAUUUCUUUCGUCAUUUUACUGCUGGGUAGCCAUAAUAAGCUUACUCUUUAGUAAAUGUAUUUUUCCAA